GUCGAGUCUGCCAUUUACGUCGUGAGAGCGCCUGCGGCAGGCUGAGCGCACAGCAGCGCUGCCACGCAUCUCUCGCCAGCGCGACGCAAGCCGCGAAGAGCUGUGCGGCAUCACAGGCGCAAGAGUCACUUUCGCCUCUGCUCGCGGACAGCCAUGGCGCGCGCGGUCGCAGUUCUACUGAUAGCGACGCACGCCACAGCCCGCUCCGUAGAGGUAUCAAUAAGAGCGCCCUGGCCGACGCGCGCCGUCUCGCCGCUCCUCGAGGCGGCCGAGUUCCUGGCGGGCGAAGGGAGGAGCGUCUACUGGUCUUUUGUGGAGGCCAUCGGCGACGGUUUUGGGGAUGCGUCGACGAAAGAGAAGAUCCGCGCGGCCUCGUCAGCUUCCACGUACGACGGUGAAGGCUACGAGGAGAUGGCCUCCAUCGCGCUCGACGCCGCGGAGAAGAAAUUGGACGGCCUCGCCCACGCGUUGUUGCGGAUGGCGCUGGCCGUGCGGACCUACGCUCCGAGGCUCGAAGCCCACCGGUCGCUAGCGUCGCAAGCACCUACUUGUCCUGGUGGCGACGUCGAGUCUACACGAGCGAUCAUAUAUGGCCCGAGCGGCCGCCACGUCGCUUGUAAGGCAUCGGACGUCUCUGCACUCGUAGCCAAGGCCGCGGAGCAGGUCUGCACAUCUCAACAGUGCGAUCAAACACCGCGGUUGUUGGGCUCGGAGACGCCCUUCUCUGAAGACGGCUCGGACGUGACUAUUGAACUCAUCGUAGACGUCACGUCUUCACAGUUCCGAGCAUGGCACGACGCGUGCUCCGCGACAGAAGCGACCUACUUCCUGCGCCACGCGUCUCAUUUGCGAGGCUCUUCCAAUCAAACGCAUUUACAAGCCUUUGGGGCCAAUCUGGACAUCAAGGACCUCGAGUACAAGAACAUGGACGAUAGUACAACAGAAACGACGACCACGCAAGCGUCUACUACUGUGUGGAAAUCAACCAGUGCGUCGGGCGCACCCGAUAAUUCUUCACUAAGUCCUUUCUCGGCGACGACGUGGCCGCGCUGGUUCCGUCGAGCGGCGAGGAACCGACAUCGCCACGCCAUCGAGCCGCGUCGAUGGAAACGCGCCGUAAAAUUUUGAUUUAUGCACAGGUCGACGUCCUUCGAGGAGGGCGAGGAGGUCGGCGGCGUCUACCUCGCGACGCUAGCUCAAAGGCGGCCCGACCUGAAGCAGGAGUUGAGUGAACUGAGGACGCAACUCGCGUCCGAGACCACGGACUCGUUAAAAGUGUGGAAGCUGCGGGACCUAUCCUUGCAGGCGACGCAGGCGACCAUCGACGCCCAGGACCCGUUGAGGACGCUGAAAGAUCUGUCGCAGGACUUUCCUAGACAUGCUGCUGGUUUGUCAGCGAGGCGCGUCCGCGACGACCUGCGGGAGGCGGCAGCCACGGCGCACGCGUAUAGCAUGCACUCCGGCUUGACGGGGCGAGCUCUGGUGUUUUUAGGCGGGACUGCUCACGACGUCGGCUCGCCGACGUUCUCCUUACAUGCUUUGCUGCAAGGUAUUCGGUCCGAAGCUUCGUCGUUGCGGCAGUUGGCAGCGCUAGACGUCCUCACUACCGAUGUAGAUGAGUCUAACAAACGGCGAGACUUAAUCCUCGCCACUGACGAGAAACAGCGGUCGACGACGCGGGUCGACCUGCUGAGCGGCUCGAAGGGCUCGAUCACCUACGCCAACAACCUCGAGAAGGAUCCGGAGUACAAGGACUGGCCGCCGUCGGUGCAGCAGCUCCUGUACCCGUCGUGGCAGCUCACUUCCGUUGCGAAGAAUUUGUACACGGCUCUACUCGUGUUAGAUGCGUCUACCGAUGAAGCCCUGAACGCGAUCUACGUGGCCCACGCCAUGCUGCGCCAGGGCUAUCCGGUCCGAGUCGCCUUUGUGCUCGGCGACGCGUCUCUGAGCGAUGAAGCGUCAGGUGACGUCUUCUCUGAUGAAGCUCAGGACGUCGACGAGCAGCAGGUCAUAAAACAAUUCGAUCCGAGUUCCAUCGGGACCCAGGUCGCCGCCGCCUGUUCGUUGGCGAAGCUCGCGAGGGGUCCCAAAACGGCGUGGGCCUUUCUCGUGGAACUCGCGUCGAACCGCGAGUACGGCGAGGCGCCGACGCUCGAGAGCGUCAUCUCCGCGUACGGCGAGGCCAUCUCUAUGAGUGAGGAGGACCCUGUACCAGGCUACGAGUCUACUAAAAAGGCAUCUGAGAAGCAGCUGCGGCGGCUGCUGACCAACGAAGAAGUGAUUAACGAAGUAGCUCUACAGGUCGCCCAGCAACGGCGCUUUGUAAGUCAGAAAGGCUUGUCCUUUGAGGGUACGGUGGCCUUGAAUGGUCUCGUGUUGGACAGCGGCUUAGAUUUGCAGAACAACCUGCUGCCGGCUCUAGGCCAAGAGCAGGCGCGGCUCCAGCAGUUAGUACGGAGGAAGGUGAUCACUGAUAGCACGAAGUCGAUCUACGGCAAGGCGUUGCUAGGAGGCGCUUCGUCCAAGGAGAAGGCCACGCAUCUCGUAGAACGGCACUCGCGCAUCUUAGAACUAGAAAAACACGAGUACCACUGGUCAGAAUACGACUGGGUCCCCGGGAACCCGCAAGGCAACGUGUCGAUCGUCUUGGCGACGGACCUGUCUUCUGUUAGUGGCGUGCGGGCGGCUUAUCUAGUACUGAAGCAUGCUUCACAAAAGGAGGGGGCCGCGCGCGUUUCCGUAGUGCACAAUCCCUCGUCCGAUUCAGAUGAGACGGGCCACUACAUCUCGAAACACUGUACUACGGUAGACGCCCUCAGAGAAGCCUACUUCUCCAAGAAGACAUCGACAGAUGGUGUGACGUUCAGGGGCCCCUGCGAACCUGGCACUACUUGUACCUUUGCCAACAGUAGGAAAGCGAACGCCCCCACAAACGACGGCGACCUCGUCGUCCUCGCGAGGAGUGAGGCGUUAUAUGCGUCGAAACUGGCCGAGGCCUUUGACUCCGAGGACCGUCCACGAGUCCUCGACGCGAUCGGCGCGGCGAGACGGUACGCCGGUCAGCGUUCCCUAGAGCCUAGAUCGGAUGUAGAGGGUCUCAUAGAGGCCAUGUUGAAGGAACAGGGCGUCGAACAAUUGGUACUGACGUCCGACGGCAUCGCACCGCAAGCGACGGCCAUUUUUGAUCCGUUGAGCGAAGCUGCCCAGAGAGCCGCUCCGGUGCUCCUAGCUCUGCGAGAUGUCCUGGGACUGAAAGUGAGGUUGGUGCUCGCGCCGGACCCGGAGCUCCAGGAAAUGCCACUCCAGAAAUACUACCGCUUCGCGCUCGACGUCGACAGCGCGCCGCGGGCCAAGUUCGCGUCCCUGCCGAAGCACCAAGUGUUGACACUGAGGGUAGAUACGCCGGAGGCCUGGGACGCGCAGAUGGCCUCCGCUUCCAGUGACCCGGACAACAUGCGCGCCGGCGACGCGCGGAUCGUUUAUGAGCUGAAGUCGUUAGUCGUGAUGGGCCAGUGCUAUGAUGUGGUCGAUUCGAGGCCGCCGAACGGCCUGCAAAUCCAGCUCGAAGGGACAUCUUCCGAUACGUUGGUCAUGCAGAAUCUCGGGUACUUCCAGCUCCGCAGUCAACCGGGCGCGUGGAAAAUAAAACUCGCCUCGAAUACAAGGUCCGAGGAGUUGUACGAGACGGUCCAGGUCGAGCCCGUCGGGUUUGCGCGGUCGUGGUACGGUCCCUCGUUCGACGCGGACGCCGAAGCGUCGGACGGCGUCGAUAUCGUGGUCAGUGACUUCGAAGCGUCUGCGCACCAGUUGCGCGUGCGGAAGCGCAAGGGCCAGGAGAACGUGGAAUUACUCGGCGAAGACGAUCAGUCGUCGUGGUUCUUUAGCUCAAAGAAGAAGAAGAGGCGGUCGAAGGAUACGAUCCAUGUGUUUUCUCUGGCGACGGGUUCCUUGUAUGAAAGGAUGCUCAAGAUCAUGAUGCUCUCCGUCCGGAAGCGCACGACGGGACCGAUCAAGUUCUGGCUCUUCGAGAACUACCUGACACCAGCGUUCAAGGACGGAGCAAGAGCCCUUGGUGAGUCGAAAGGUUUUGAUGUGGCAUAUGUAACGUACAAGUGGCCGGAGUGGCUCAGAACGCAAACGGUAAAACAAAGGAUCAUCUGGGGCUACAAGAUUUUGUUCCUGGAUGUGCUGUUUCCCCUUGAUGUGCCGAAGAUUAUAUAUGUGGACGCGGAUCAAGUGGUGCGGGGCAAUCUCCGGGAGCUCUGGGAUCUUGAUUUACAAGGCCAUGCCUACGGGUACACGCCGUUCUGUGAUAGCAGGAAAGAAACGUUGGGCUACCAGUUCUGGCGGUCCGGCUACUGGAAGGAUCAUUUGAGAGGCAAGCCGUACCACAUCUCGGCGCUGUAUGUCGUCGAUCUCGAGGUGUUUCGUAGAAGAGGCGUCGGCGACCAACUCAGGAUGGUCUACGACCAGCUGUCGCGGGACCCGGCGUCGCUCUCAAAUCUCGACCAAGAUUUGCCCAAUUACGCCCAGCCCCAAAUCCCCAUCUUCUCCUUACCGCAGGACUGGCUCUGGUGCGAGUCGUGGUGUUCUGACUCCUCAAAGGCUACCGCCAAAACCAUCGACCUGUGCAACCACCCAGCUACCAAAGAGAACAAGCUGACGAUGGCGAAGCGCAUCAUCAACGGGUCGCUCUUCGAGGAGUCCUGGGUGGAGUUGGAUGAGGAGGUCAAGGCUGCUGAGAUGAUGGGGGGUGGGUAACUUUAUGAAGUCUAUUGUUCUUCCGCUGGCACUUCCGCUGGCAAGUCCGCUGGCCAGCGCGCACGGCGUGGGAAGUGUCGUGGGCCCAUUGCUGGACGCCGUCGACGAAACGACGACGCAAAAACACAAAUGCCCAG